UCGAUGCUACUCCUUAUCUUUCAAUUCGAUUGCAUUUUUACUACAUUCUUCUACUUGUAUGUGCGAUUCUAGGUUUAGAUCUUACUCUUAAGUUGCUGUUUGAUUUUGUGAUUAUUUUGUUAGAUUUGAUUCACAGUUUAUCGUGAAUCACUUUACCACUUUAUUGAUGCUCUGCAAAUGCCUGACUGUUGAUCUAUUUUAUUGUUUGUUGGGAGAGGAUCUGGACGUUUCGAAGAUUUCUUCUUCUUUUGAUGCAUCGUCUGAAUCGUUUUUGAUUAGUUUUUUAGUAUAAUAAUGUUGAAUUCGUUUUAUUUAGGUUAGAUCUCGUCACGCUCCUUGAUCUAAGUAAUCUUAUAUGUAGUAUUCAUAUGUGUAUUGAUUUGCAGACAAUCGACAUUAUGCCUUUCAACUUUCAAGUAAGUUGAGAGAUGGAGACCUUCCUAUUCACAUCUGAGUCCGUCAACGAGGGACACCCAGACAAGCUUUGUGACCAAGUCUCCGAUGCCAUCCUUGAUGCUUGCCUGGAACAAGAUCCAGAGAGCAAAGUUGCAUGUGAGACAUGCACAAAGACUAAUAUGGUCAUGGUCUUUGGAGAGAUCACCACUAAGGCUAUUGUAAACUACGAGAAGAUAGUCCGUGAUACUUGCAGAGARAUYGGRUUYAYAUCUSCUGAYGUUGGUCUUGAUGCYGACMACUGCAAGGUCYURGUCAAYAUYGAGCAACARAGCCCWGACAUUGCYCAGGGUGUUCAUGGWCACCUCACCAAGAAGCCMGARGAAAUYGGUGCWGGWGAYCARGGMCACAUGUUUGGUUAUGCWACUGAUGAAACACCAGAGCUUAUGCCCCUUACCCAUGUCCUUGCAACUAAGCUCGGUGCCAAGCUCACUGAAGUCAGGAAGAACAAGACCUGCGGAUGGCUCAGACCCGAUGGUAAGACACAAGUGACUGUGGAAUAUCACAAUGACAACGGUGCCAUGGUUCCCACUAGGGUUCACACAGUUCUCAUCUCCACCCAACAUGAUGAGUCUGUGACGAACGAUGAGAUUGCUGCCGAUCUUAAGGAGCAUGUGAUUAAACCGGUUAUCCCAGCUCAGUAUCUUGAUGAGAAUACCAUCUUCCACCUGAACCCAUCUGGCCGGUUCGUGAUUGGUGGUCCUCAUGGAGAUGCAGGUCUGACCGGCAGAAAGAUCAUCAUCGAUACCUAUGGUGGAUGGGGAGCUCACGGUGGAGGUGCUUUCUCUGGGAAAGAUCCUACCAAAGUGGACAGGAGUGGUGCUUACAUUGUUAGGCAAGCAGCUAAGAGUAUCGUAGCUUCCCAACUUGCACGCAGGUGUAUCGUUCAAGUUUCUUAUGCUAUUGGUGUGGCUGAACCACUAUCCGUGUUUGUGGACACAUACAAGACUGGAACCAUCCCAGAUAAGGAUAUCCUUGUUCUGAUCAAGGAAAACUUUGACUUCAGGCCAGGGAUGAUGGCUAUCAAUCUUGACCUGAAAAGGGGUGGCAAUUUCAGGUAUCAGAAAACUGCUGCUUACGGGCAUUUUGGCCGUGAAGACCCCGAUUUCACCUGGGAGACACCGAAGAUUCUGAAGCCGAAAGCUUGAGGUUAGUAAAAGGGCUGGAUGGAUGUAUGGAUGGAUUCUUUUGGGAGAAUAAACAGGGUUGAUCUCAAUGCUGCAAUGGGAAGAGAGGUAAACAUAUGUGUAGGAAGAAGUAUUAUAAGUUUUUUGAUUGUUUUGAGUAAAUGUUGUGUUACAAUUCUUUGUGUUUGUUUUUGGUUGGUGGGAAGCAUUUCAUUUAGGAAUAUUGUUUGAAGAAUCAUUGUAAUCGUUCAACAACUUUAAUUGGUGAAGAAGUUGUCAUUUUCUUUUGGAAAGAAGUGACUUGUUAUAA